AUGUCCCAUGCCCAUGACCUUGUACCUUUCUUUGAAUUCCAUCUUUAUGGAAAAGAGCAGAUUCCGGAUCUCUCUAACUUACCUGAACCAAGACUUUUUAGCACACACUUCUUGUUUCAUUCAUUGCCUGAUUCAAUUGCUAAGUCCAAAUGCAAGAUAAUCUACAUAUGUCGUAACCCAUUUGACAGUUGUGUCUCUGUGGUUUUUCAUCAAUGCAAUUGCACCAUCAUCAUUACCCAGAUUAUCUUGGAAGAAGCAUUAGAGAGGUAUUCCGAGGGAAUCAAUGAGUUUGGUCCAUUUUGGACAAAUAUUUUGGGUUAUUGGAGAGAAAGCAUAGAGACACCAAACAAGGUUCUGUUUUUAAAGUACGGGGAUUUGACAGGGGAUGUCACGUUCUAUUUGAAAAGAGUGGCUGAGUUCUUGAACUGCCCAUUUAACUCGGAAGAGGAAGGCAAUGGGGUUAUUGAAAACAUUAUCGAGCUGUGCAGUUUUAAGAAGAUGAAGGAAUUGGAUGUGAACAAGACUGGAAAAAUGGUGGGCAAGUAUGAAAACAAGGUCUUCUUUAGAAAAGGUGUAGCAGGUGAUUGGGUUAAUCAUUUUAACCCUUGGAUGGUAGAGAAAUUGUCCAGUGUGAUAGAAGAGAGGUGGGUCUGGUCUAUCUUUUUGAUUUCUCUCUCCAAUACUUAUAUUUCAAUAAUGGCCUAA